AUGAUAACUUCUCUAAACGACCUCCCCUUAGAUAUCCACACAAACCUCUUGGAUUUUUUGAAACAACAAGACCUCAACAACCUCAGCAAGACAUCCCAAAACCUCCGCAAUUUUUACUCUGUACACAAAUGGUCCAAGACAUUUGUUUUCAAAGCAGAGAGCGACCGCAAAAGAUUGAAUUAUCCCAGCGUCCCUCUGAAUGUAUUCCUGAGUCCAGAAAAGUACAGCUGGUUUGAGACAAAAUAUAUAUUCACAAUACGGUUAUCCGAUGAAAUAUGUAACACUGAACUCUUUGAUCAGCUGAUAUCAUACUUCGCUACUGACGAAUUCUUCCAAAAACAUUACCCCAGAUUAAAGGUUGUUGAGUUCCAGAACAUGAUGAAUUCUUUUGUUUUGGGACUAAAACUCCGUGAAGAUAAAAUUUCUUCGUAUGUUAUGAAUUGGGGAAAAAUGGUCAUUGCUCUAUCUUUAAAUGUAGAAAAAGACUCUUGCGCCAAGGUAUUUUUGGAUUUCAAGAGCAUUAACCGACUUCACAUUAAACUGGAAUCUUCUAUGGACCUGCCAAAUGAACUAGCAAAACUACCUCAUUUGGAAUACUUAAAACUUGAUGUUCCAUUUCAACAGACAAACAAUAUGAUGGAAAAAUCCUUUACGGUAUUGACCCAAAAGUUCCCAAACACAAUCAACACUUUUAUACUUAAAUUUUUUCCCAUUUAUCAAGUUAAUAUAUAUACCGGCCAAAAACUUGAACAAUUCGGCUCAAAAUCUAACAAGUUAGUAGUUCCCGAUGUGACUGGAAUUGAAUAUAAAUUGGUUCAAUUUAAUCCACCUUUUGUGUUUGAUUAUUUUUCUUUCCCCAAUGUUUCAUAUUUUAAUCUUCAUGCAGAGUCUUACAAAUUUACAAGUAUUACACCUACCAUUUCUAUUGAUAUAACCACACUGGAGCUAUCUUAUUAUCAGCUCGAACGUGACAUGAGCCUUAUGAAACUAUUAGCUGACACUCUUGGAAAGACUAAGCACUUGCGGCGCUUAGACUUGAAAUACUCCAGAUGGGCUGAGGAUGAUUUGCCUGAAACUGCAGUUGUACACUCGGUUCUCAAUAUUUUUAUAAAUUACGAAGAAGAGAAUAUAUCAGAAAUCAUAGAGAAGGGAGCCAAAACGAUUGAAAUGAUUCUUUCGUCUGACCUUUUGAAGUGUUACAAUACUGAGCCUAUUUUCAACGCUCGCUAUGAAAUAGUAGAAGCAAUUUUGAGAAUUAUUUUUUGUCCCUCCGAAAAUACAGAUUUUUCCAAUUUUGCAGAUGAAUUCCAGGAUCUAUUUCGGUGGAUUUGGGUGAGAGAAAGCAUGUUUAAGGCGAUUCAAUCCCUGAAGCAACUGGAAUACUUUUACUUGAAUUCUAAAAGCAAUAGUUUCAUGCCAUUUUCUCCGCACUUUUUAGAACUCAUGAACAAAGAUGGAAAUAUCAAGCAGAUUUUUGUUACUUUCGGCCCUGAAGAUGAUUCAUACUUGGGCAUGAACAUGUAUUAUGAUUUGCAAAAAGACCACAUUUAUCCAAGCACUUUUUUCAAUGUUUAUAGUAAGCUUUUUGAAUUGCCAUUUGUAUACUGCAUUGGGCCCCAUACCCAUACCCAGAACUCUGAAGGGAGCCUAGAAUGUGUUAUCGAGUUGGAAAAACAGCAGUCAUUUGCUUUAGAAACGAAGAAGUUGGCUAAUGACUGGGUUGAUAAUUGGAAUAAGGAUUUUAAAGUGAAAGAGGGCCCGGAGUUUGACGGAUGGAUUUGA